CCAGUACCACUCUCGGAUACGUAUACAAUAGAAAGUCUCUGGUGGACAAGACUGCGGCAGCAAUGUCGUUAGGCGAACUGAUCGACAAGCUCAUUACUUUGGUUGUCAUCAUUAUUGCAAUGGCUUUUAUCAUGGCCUUCACAUCUGAAAGUGCGAUCGACGAUGGCAACACUCGAUCUGCAUUGAAAAUUCCUAAAAAUGAUGAUAAACACUUUCUUCACUUGGCAAUCUUUGGCGGAUCGUUUCAAGAAGACGUCGGAAGCCAACCAACACUAAGACUUGAGUUGCAUAUGCUGGAGUCAAACGACACCCUCAAAGAGCUCAUAGAUAUCUACGAAAAAUCAGACCCUCCAUUAAAACUUAUUGCUGGACCUUCAAAUGCCAUUGGUAUCAAUCGUUCUGGCAACAUGAAACUUAAAGUUGUAAACAAUGAUAUUUGGACUGUAAAGAAUACACCUGAAGAACUGCAAACACCACUCAACAACAUCUGGGCUGCAAAACAUUUCAAGUUUCCUAAUUCAAUGUUUCUGGAAUAUGCUGGCACAGCUCCAUAUCGCCCCGAGAUUGUCAUCGCUGUUAACUACUCUGGUAACACAGAAACGCUAACUGGCCAUCCAUCUAUGCAGCCACAGGUGCAGCAAACAUCAAGUCCUGCCAUCGGUACUACUGCCAGUGGACUAAACUCUGAUAUCAUUGGAGCAAACUAUGUGUUUGCUGGACAGAAUGAUGUGAAUAUCCACAAUCACUUUUGGCAAGAAAACAAGUGUAACACUGUCUAAAAACCAAAGGGCCAAACCAUCAUCUAGCUUUUAAUUCAUUUCUUCAAUAUUGAUGUUCCUCAAUAAAAACAUAUUUGUUGUACAAGUCUGUUGUUUUAGUUUCUGACGGACUUACUCUAGAUACUCUUUUGGCGUUCACAGUGAAACUUCUGUGUCCGUACUCAAUGACUGUUGCUAAAAUUUUGCAAUUUGCGUAAAUUUUAGGUGGAUAGUAAAAAUUAAGCUACGAGCGUAAAGGACACCACAAUUAGUGGUGGACAGCUUCGCGAGAAGCUCAC